AUUAUUAAAAGGUCGUCUAUAAUUAUUCCAUUGCGGAUUUUGUGUUACUCCAUUAUUCUGGAAUCUGUUUCUGAAAAAUGGUGUUCUCCUUUGAAAGUUUGGUAAAAAUCUUUGGAACCCAUUAUUUUUAAUUUCCUGUUGUCUAGGGUCUUGAGUACUAUUUUGAACCUUACCUAUUUGAUUUAUACUCUCUACUUGCGCAGUUGUUAAUUUUUCUCGCGAAAUCUCUAUUUGUGCCUCUUCUUCCUCAACUGCCUGCUGUAUCGCCUCAGGCAUUGAUCCUGGUCUAGGCAUUCUCCUUAAUUGCUCUCUAAGUUCAAGUUUUAAUCCUCCCCUAAAUAAAUCGAUGGCUAAAUCCUUCCGAAUAUUUGCACUAAAUCCUGUAGCGUCAGUAUACCCUUUAUCGACUAACUGUGUAAUUAUUUCUGCAAACUCGGGAAUACUCUCAUUUACUCGCUGUCUUCUUAUUUGGGCCAUUCUGCGAAAAUGGGGGACACUACUACCUAUUGAGAAUUUUUGGGCUAGUUGAUCUUUAAGGGCUUCCCAAUUUCCUUUCUGUUCAACAGUUAAAUUAUCAUAAUAGAUUUG